UGGCUUCGUGUUAUUGUGUGCAUAAGAUUGCAAUAGCACGGCCGGUCAUGAUCCGGAUUUGGGGCGUGACAAAUUAUCUAGUUGCCAAAGGUUGCUAAAGUGAGAGCAUAAUUCAUGAGCUUUGAAUAGUUUAGUCAAAUUUUCAACACACAUGCAAGAAACCCUUUUUUUUGUGUGUUCUGUAGACUAUCGGAAAUCACAAAUUGUGUUUUGGUAAAACUAGAGAUGCUGCCAAGAAAAUAAGAAUAAAAAAGGCACCUGGUCCUCCUACUAUGAUUCCAAUUUGUGGAGCUUAGCUCCUGUCUUUGCAACUCUAGAUCAUGACCUCUAUACUCCAGUCAAACAAUUUUCUUAAAGAAAAACUAAAGUUCUACCUAUAGUUAUUGGGAAAGCAUACUUCAUGGAUAUUUUCACAAGGAGUCAUGCCUGGAGAUACUGUAGUUGUGUAGAAGCUAAAUCCAAUCUUCAUCAAUGCCCCUUAUGUCCCCCUUUUUCAUUCUAUCUGUUAAUUUCCCUGCUCUCCAUUGUUUGGAACUUUUUUUUAUAGAAAAUCUUCAUUACUAGGAACUUGAAGUCAGAGAGACUUAUAAUAUUGCUACUCUGUUCUGGUAACUGGCAGAUGUCUAUUAGAAGAUAAUUGAGAACAUGCUCAGAGUGUCAAAGCAUAUAGAAAGGAGCAUUCUUCCUACAUGUUAUGUCAUUCUGGUCCUGAUUAGUGUAGUACUUUAGGUUUAUAUUGCUUUAACUCUCCGAGGCGAGAGAAACUCAGAAAUUAGGCUCCAGUUGUUGUUACCCAGGGAUGAGUCAACUCAGGUUGUUGCUAUGAAUGUUCAGAACAUUGCCUGCAGCACAUUCAACACUUCUUAUUAUCUUAUGUGUUAGUUGUCAUAUUCACAUGCUUUCUCAAGAAGCUUAGAGGGAAGGAAUCAAAGAAUAUGAAUAAAAACCAUAUCCACUCACCUUUCCUGCAUCUGUUUGCUGGUUUUAUUGUUUUUUUUUUUAAAUUUUGCUGGAAUCCCUGCCGCCAAGUGGGUCUAGUGAACACCAUGACCUUAUGUUUUCCUGGUUCAAUAGGACGAUUCGUUCUCUCUCUCUCUCUCUCUCUCUCUCUCUCUCUCUCUUCUUGGACUAUAUGUAGAAGGUUUAUCAUCUUUAUUUCCUCUGCGAUUGCGAAUCAAUACUCCUACUUUAGGUUCCUUUCAAACAUUAACACUUGAAUUACAAGUGAUUCAAAUGGUUCUGUUCUGAAAGCUAUUUGACUUGAUUCUGAAUUCUUUAACUUAAGAAGCACAAAUCAGAUCACAUGAAGUGAGAAGUGAAUUGUCAUGAUAUAAAACCUUUAACAUCUUGAGCUAAUCAUAGUGAACAUUAAUUUGUGACAUGCUCUGACAUAUGGCAAUCAGCUAUCCAUUCUAAACAAGACUCAGGAGAAAAAUAGUACUAUAUUUGACAAGAGGCAUUUGUAGAAUGGCUGAUAAUUGCUUAUCUCUGGACAUUACAAUACAAGGCGCGUGGAAUCAAUUGUAGAUGGUUGUGGAUGGUGAAGUCUAACAAACUUGCAGUAUGAUACAAAAUUCUUUCACAUAUGGAGAAUAAAGGGUUUUCAUGCAUUUUGGGUAUAUAAUCAAUUUAAAAUUGUGAACUCUAUGAUUAAAGGAUGGGGGCUCUUGCAUAUGCUUAGAUUCGAGAAUUAGAACCUAAGAACAGUACCUGGAAGCUUCAUCAUUGAAAGAAAGAAUCAGAAGUCUGUGAACUAUGCACAUAUCAUAGCCUAAACAUUGAUUUAGUUGUAAUCUCUUAUUUGUGUCCGAUCAAUUUUUCCUGUAAAAGAAUUUCUUGUUCUGUGGGAAAACAGCUACAAAGCUCCCUGGUCUUGGGAAUGAACCCACAGGAACAGAUAGAAAAUUCAUAUACUUCCAAUGAAGAAGUUAUGCGCUCUCCAUAUCUUGAGUCUCUAACAUCUGGUUUUCCAUUUCCUGAUUUUAUGAACAACUACUACCAUGCACCACAUGGUGGAGUGGUUCUUCAGCAGUCUCAUCACUCCAAUUACCAGAGUUUGCUUUCUCAGUUGUUCAAUGGAUCCACCCAACUUCUGCAACCUCGGCAUCAUCGGGGUCUUCCUCACCAAACUGUAGCAGGAAAAAUGACUAAUUUUAAUUAUGAAUCAUCUGGAAAGUCAGAUGCUCCCUCCAGCAUUUACUUUCCUACUGAUUGUCAAGCUCAAAAUAAUGAUAAUGUUGGAAUUCUGCAAUCAAAAAGUACGAGCUUGGAGCAUGCAUGUACUGCGAAUAAUUCAGAUUUGUCAUGGCGAGAAGUAGGAGGAUCCAAACAUGGGGAAAUGUUGUACUCUUCAAAUUCUCGGAUUGGAACUACUGCAGUUCAUAGUAGCAUGCAGUCUGGUGGCGCAGCAACUGGCAAACAACGUAUUAGAUGGACACAUGAACUACAUGAACAGUUUGUAGAAGCUGUUAAUCAUCUUGGAGGGGCAAUGAAAGCAACUCCAAAAGGAAUAUUAGCACUUAUGAAAUCCCAAGGGUUGACAAUUUUUCACAUCAAGAGCCACCUACAGAAAUAUCGGACUGCUAAGUGCAUGCCAAAUUUCCUUGGAGGGAAGAAUGGGAAGAGAAUCAAUAAUGAUAUGUUGCCAUUAUCAAAUUUUAGGGGGUAUGCAGGACUUCAGAUUUCUGAAACACUUCGUCUGCAAAUGGAUGUUCAAAAAAGCUUACAUGACCAUUUGGAGUUCCAGAAGAAACUGCAGAUGAGAAUUGAAGAGCAUGCAAAUUACCUGGAAAGGAUGUUUGAUCAGCAAAAAAGAAGUUGCAGCUUCCUUGAGAAUCACAACUCAGCUAAUGCUGUCGACCAGUCUAUCAUAGGGUGUUCAUCCAAUGGCGAAUAUGAAAAUAGCAAAGAGGCCAUUCUUGCUAAACGGGAGCCCUAAGCAUCUGCAUCUAAAUUUGUUCUGAAACAACGAGGGAAAUCAAGUUCUAUGAGAAGGUGAUCAACAUGUAUACUCUGCGAUUGAACAGAAACAGAGAGGCAAAGGCAUAUGAAAAAGAACUUCGAGAAUCUUGAUGGAGAAAUCAUGUUUGUCACUGGUAUCAGGACAAAUAAUAAUAGAUAUUCAUUCUCUCAAAAUCAAAAACGACUAAUAGAUUAGGGAUCUAGAUCUUGCCAUAUACCACAGUGUUGUAAAUCCUAUUUGUGUAUCUGGAAACUUGAAUGAUAAGCCUGUAGAUUUUCAGGAUCUUUAAAUAUGGAGCUUGUAUCUUGCAAUAUUGUGUGAAACAGCUUAUCUCA